UAGGUUAUGUUUGGUAUUCUUUCAUUUUAUUAAAUUGUUCAAUUGGUAGGUGCUUUUUUCGUUUAAAGUUAAAGGAUUUUCUUAAAUUCAAAAUGAGAGCCAAGGGAGAUUUGAAGGAAUAUGAAGUCAUCGGUCGCAAACUGCCGACUGAAAAAGAAAAGACUACACCUUUAUAUAAAAUGAGGAUAUUUGCUCCAGAUCGCAUUGUUGCUAAAUCUCGUUUUUGGUAUUUUUUAAGACAACUUAAGAAGUUCAAAAAGAGCACAGGAGAAAUUGUAUCUUUGAAAGAGGUUACUGACAAAUCGCCAACAAAAAUUAAAAAUUUUGGAGUGUGGUUACGUUAUGAUUCGAGAUCUGGUACUCACAACAUGUACCGCGAAUACAGAGAUACCACUGUUGCAAGUGCUGUUACUAAAUGUUAUAGGGAUAUGGGUGCAAGACAUAGAGCUAGGGCUCAUGCUAUCCAGAUUAUUAAAGUGGAAGUUGUGAAGGCUAAGAACACCAGAAGACCACAUGUUAAACAAUUUCACGACAGUGACAUCCGUUUCCCUCUACCUCACCGUGUUGAAGGAAAACGUCGUCGUUAUAACACUUUCUCUAUUCGACGCCCGACAACCAGUUUCUUGUAAAAUGGAUAUUAUAUUUGAUUUUUCUGAAUAAAAAUUAAAACAAUUAAA